GCCUCUCCUCUUCGUUUCCUUUCCCGCUCUUUCUAGGGCUUGUCCUGAAGACUGCUGCGGAAAAAUGACGAAGUAGAAAAAGGAAAAUAUGAACUGAAAAUAAAAAAGAGGAACUCGUGUCCCAAAGAAAACGAAGUCGGGGGGCUGUGUUCCAGGCCGGGCUGGGCGGACCCCGAAAGGGGAGAAAGCCCAGGUACCCGCCCUCACACAGCCCCCGCGGGUGCGACGGCGGGCGCUGCUCAGGUUAUGGCGGUGCCCCCCACCCCCCCGCCCCCCAAACCUGCCGGGAGCGGGAGCGAGGAGAGGAGAAAGACGCGCCCAAAGGAAAGCCGGACAGCCAGGGCGCCGACGCUGACGCCGCUCGCCCGCCCGCGGGAGGCGCCACCCGCGCGGCCACGUGACGCGACCACGUGACGCGGCCAAGAUGGCCGCCAGCAGGGGCGACGGCGGCCCGGCGGAGUGGGGGCCGGGGCCGGAGCCCGGAGAAGACUUCGAGGUAGUGGACAGGAGCCAGCUGCCAGGCCCGGGGGACCUGCCGAGCGCGGCGAGGCGGCGGGCGGCGGCGGAGGGCUGGUCCGCGCCCAUCCUGACCCUGGCGCGCCGGGCCACGGGCAACCUGUCGGCCAGCUUCGGGAGCGCGCUGCGCGCGGCCGAGGGGCCGGACGGCGCGGAGGGCGCGGCGCGCGCAGCUUCCAAGUGCCAGAUGAUGGAGGAGCGCGCCAACCUGAUGCACAUGAUGAAACUCAGCAUCAAGGUCUUGCUCCAGUCCGCUCUGAGCCUGGGUCGCAGCCUGGAUGCGGACCACGCCCCCUUGCAGCAGUUUUUCGUGGUGAUGGAGCACUGCCUCAAACAUGGGCUGAAAGUUAAGAAGAGUUUUAUUGGCCAAAAUAAAUCUUUCUUUGGUCCUUUGGAGCUGGUGGAGAAACUUUGUCCAGAAGCAUCAGAUAUAGCCACUAGUGUCAGAAAUCUACCAGAAUUAAAGACAGCUGUGGGAAGAGGCAGAGCUUGGCUUUAUCUUGCACUCAUGCAAAAGAAACUGGCAGAUUAUCUGAAAGUGCUGAUAGACAAUAAACAUCUCUUAAGUGAGUUUUAUGAGCCAGAGGCAUUAAUGAUGGAGGAAGAGGGGAUGGUGCUCGUCGGUCUGCUGGUGGGACUCAAUGUUCUUGAUGCCAAUCUCUGCUUAAAAGGAGAAGACUUGGAUUCUCAGGUUGGAGUGAUCGACUUUUCCCUCUACCUUAAGGAUAUGCAGGAUCUUGAUGGUGGCAAAGAGCAUGAAAGAAUUACUGAUGUCCUUGAUCAAAAAAAUUAUGUGGAAGAACUGAACCGGCACUUAAGCUGCACAGUUGGGGAUCUUCAAACCAAGAUAGAUGGCUUGGAAAAGACUAAUUCAAAGCUUCAAGAAGAGCUUUCAGCUGCAACAGACCGGAUUUUUUCACUUCAAGAAGAACAGCAACAAUUAAGAGAACAAAAUGAAUUAAUUCGUGAAAGAAGUGAGAAGAGUGUAGAGAUAACAAAACAGGACACAAAGGUUGAGCUGGAGACUUACAAGCAAACUCGGCAGGGUCUGGACAAAAUGUACAGUGACGUGUGGAAGCAGCUGAAGGAGGAGAAGAAAGUGCAUUUGGAACUAGAAAAAGAACUGGAAUUACAAAUUGGGAUGAAAACUGAAAUGGAAAUUGCAAUGAAGCUACUGGAAAAGGACACCCAUGAGAAGCAGGACACACUCGUCGCCCUCCGCCAGCAGCUGGAAGACGUCAAAGCGAUCAACUUGCAGAUGUUCCACAAAGUUCAGGAUACAGAGAGCAGUUUACAGCAAAAGGAUGAAGUCAUCGCAUCUUUUGAAGAAAAAAUCAAUCAAAUCAUGUCCAGCAUGAAGCAGAUGGAGGAAAGGUUACAGCACUCGGAAAGGGCGCGGCAGGGCGCCGAGGAGCGGGGCCGCCAGCUGCAGCGGGAGCUGGGCUGCAGGAGCGGCGUGCUGCAGGAGCAGCUCUCCCAGCUGCAGGGCCAGUGCUCAAGUCUUGAGAAAGAAUUGAAAUCAGAAAAAGAGCAAAGGCAAGCUCUUCAACGCGAGUUGCAGUGUGAGAAGGACACCUCGUCUCUCCUCCGAGCAGAGCUGCAGCAAGUGGACGGGCUGAAAAGGGAGCUGCGAGCGCUCCAGGACGAGAAGGCAGAGUUACAGAAGGUUUGUGACGAGCAGGAACAAGCCCUCCAGGAAAUGGGCCUUCACCUCAGCCAGUCAAAGCUGAAGAUGGAAGACAUCAAGGAAGUCAAUAAAGCACUGAAGGGCCACACUUGGCUGAAAGACGACGAAGCUACCCACUGUAAGCAGUGUGAGAAGGAGUUCUCCAUCUCCCGGAGAAAGCACCACUGCCGCAACUGCGGCCACAUCUUCUGCAACACGUGCUCCAGUAACGAGCUGGCCCUGCCCUCCUACCCCAAGCCCGUGCGCGUGUGUGACAGCUGCCACACCCUGCUCCUGCAGCGCUGCUCCUCCUCCACAGGCUCCUGAGGCCUCCGGACAGCGCCCACCUGCAGGGGUUCGCGGAGGAAGCUUGUUUCCCAAGAGAAGCUAAGAAAAGACCAGUCCGGGGUCGGCGGCCAGCACUUUGAGUGAAAUGAACUCUGGGUUGAAACUUCCUUCUCACUUGGCUGCAUCACGGUUUAGGGUCAGAAUAACUUCAUGGUUUUGAUACUGUCAUUUUCACUUUUUACAGAACUAACCUCUCUUGCAGCAGUUGUACUACUGUAGUGAGUAUAGUGAGUAAUCGGUUCCUCUCUCCCCCCCACCCUCCCGACUGCCCUGUGUGCCUUCCCUGCUGGAGUCAAGAAACGGGCCCUUUCACACCCUUGUAAAUCCUCUCUCUCUAGUGCAGAAAAUAAAGGAGCUUGUGUCAACCUGAGUUAGCUUCUGAAGACACCUCAGACGGGCUCCAUUUCGGGACAAGAGGCCCUUUGGGGGCUGUGUUUGGGGCGAAGCCUGCUGGGUUCUGGAGUAUAGGCUGUGCUCUGCACCCAGGUGAGCCAAGGACAACUUGGGCCAUUAAGUCCGUUGGUGGUAUGGGAAGUGACCUGUCGCCAAAGCUCAGGACAGAUGGACACACCUGUGGGGAAGCACCUUGGGGUUUGCCUUUCAGAAGCACCGUCAGGACAGGUGUUAGCUGUGGGCUGUGAAAACUGGCUCAGAGCACAUGCUCACCUCCCUCCCCCAGUCAGUGGCCUCAAGUCAGUCCAUUUGUGGACUGGGCUUCAGCCUUCUCCACCCUCAGUGCACUCACCUUACUGCCCCUCGGAUUCAUCCUCCUCAUUGCCCGUCUGUACCUCCCACCAGUCCUGGACUGCUCCCAGCUGGCCAGCCCCUAUUGGAGGCCCUGACUCUUCCUUCUCAGGAGGGCUCUCCACAGCCUAGCUCAAGGUUCCCAGCUACUCCCUUAAGUACACCUUUAUGUUAUGGAUGGAAAACAGAGGCUCCGUGAGGUUAGAUACCAGCAUUCAGUGCAGCCAGCCUCCAAAACCAUGUUUUAUCCAAGCUGCAGGUUUUCACACCUUACCCUGAGCUUUUUAAAUAUUCACUCUUCCCCAAACAUUUACAUACUGCUACCUCGAACUGGUCUGGCCUUAGAUGUAUGUACCUUGUCUUCAGUGCACCCCAUUUGUACUCCAGCUUGCUGGAGACCUUAGGCAAGUCACUUCACUUCUGAGCCUUAGCUCUCAUCUGCACACACAAAAGGUAGCAGGCUAAUACCUCCCCACUAAUGUACCAUUCCGAAGGCUCAGUAAGUACAUGACAUGCCCACCACUGUGCCACUUAGUGCUCUUCCCUUAAUCACACCUAUUUUCUUCUCCAACCUCAUCCCCCUCCUAACCCCCAAGCAACAAAUGUUCAAGCAUUAUUCACAAAGAAUCCUGGGGCCAGUUACCAAUAUUUAGCUGCAUGGAAAAUUUUUCACUCAGACAUCAGUUAUACACCUGAACUUUGGGACCCUCUGGUCUGGCAGCCUUCUCCUAACCUGGGCAGUGACAGACGCCCUAAGGCAGCGUGGAGAUUUGUGUUCAAUGCAGACAAUGUCUGGAGGUUCUGGUCAUUCCCAACAAGCUCCAGGAUGCUGGCCCACGGAAGCUAAGAUUCCUAAGAACCAGAACGUUCUUACUCAUUAGCUUUACUCCACGUUUCUACUUCUUUCCCUUCCUCAAUGUUUUCAACGAAAAUGUUCUUUAUGUAAAAUUAACUGAAGAACUCAAGAUGGAACCCUCCUUGAGCCUUCUCAAUACCAGGGAUCUCCAAUCCACACACACUUAAUAACUCAGCCAAUACUAGGUUUAGCUGAUCACCAGUGCUCACAUUGAAAAUUAAUCAUCUCUAAACCUGCUGGACAAGCGACAUGAUACAUUCCAAGUGCAACACCUGUGUGUUCAUAGCCCUUUCCUGACAGUGUAGAGCAGCACCAAUAGUCAGCAGAGAGCAUACAGCAGGCCAGGGGGGUCUACAGGGCCCCACGCACAUCUUUGUGCAAUGCUGCCACCUACAGACUUAGAAUUGAGUAGGCCCACCCCACUAAUCUCACCCAGGAAUAAAGGAGAAAAUCUUCAGCCCUUGUCAGAGCAAAAUGUACACACCAGGCUCCCAACAGUACAAGCCUUUACAGCUAAUCAAUACAACUGAGUCUGGAGCAAGCAGCAACUUCCAACUGGUGAGCUGCAAGAAUUUUUAAAACAUGCAAUACCGGACUAUUUUAGUCAAGAGCACUGACCUCUCUUCCCUUAGACCAGUGGUCGGCAAACUGCAGCUCACGAGCCACAUGCUCUUUGGCCCCUUGAGUGUGGCUCUUCCACAAAAUACCACGGCCUGGGCGAGUCUAUUUUGAAGAAGUGGCAUUAGAAGCUUAAGUUUAAAAAAUUUGGCUCUCAAAAGAAAUUUCAAUUGUUGUACUGUUGAUAUUUGGCUCUGUUGACUAAUGAGUUUGCCGACCACUGCCUUAGACUAUCAAAUUUAAAAAAUGACAACAGCCAACACAACAGCCAUCUGGUGUAAAUGCCAUCUUGAACUAUAAUAUAUAGGCCAUAUAAUUGGUCAAUUCUUGGUACCAGAAAUCUAUAAUAAAAGCAUAAUAUGCUAAUUAGGACGUCCUUCCAGACAGAGCUGGGGCUGCAGCUGUGGGAUGGAAGCAGCCACUAUGGCUGCAAGGGAGCCUCUAGUACUUAUGCCCGAUGCACGAAAUUCGUGCAAGAGUAGGCCUGCCUGCCUUUGCCCGGCUGCCCACAGGCACCCAGGACUGGGGCUGGCUUCCCUCCAGCCCCAGCUUCAUUGGGAAGACGUCCAAUCUAAUUAGCAUAUCACCCUUUUAUUAUUAUAGAUAGGCAACUGAUUGUUUAGUCACUCUAGAGCAAAAAUAGUAGGCAAGAAGUAGUGUUUUGUUUUGUAAACCUGUCAAAAUCAUACCUAUUUUAUCAGAUUGGCAAAAAAAAAAAAAAACAACACACACACACAAAACUAUUCUUUGGUGUACCGCAGAUUUUAGUAGUUUGUAUGCCAUUAGAUGAAAAUUACUAGAGGGACGGUGAAUGAGUGGUAGUUUCCCAACUGCAGCCUACACUUUAAAUUCCUAAUGCAGAGUAUUGUGAUAUGCUAGCAAAUAUAAAAUUUUAGCCCCAAUCUACAAUCUACCAGACUUUAAAUACUGACUUACUUUCAGAAGUAUGUGGUCUGGCCCUCGCUGGUUUGGCUCAGUGGAUAGAGCCUUGGUCCUGGGUUUGAUUCAAGGGCACACACGCAAGUUGCGGGCUCCAUCCCCAGUAGGGGGUGUGCAGGAGGCAGCGGUUCAAUGAUUCUCUCUCAUUGAUGUUUCUAUCUCCCUCUCCCUUCCUCUCUGAAAUCAAUUUAAAGAAAACAGUAUGUGGUCUUUUCCCUCAAGAGCUUUAAAGGAAAUGAAUUUUGCUCUUAAGUCAAGCAUGUCAAACUCACAGCCCACAAUGAAUAUUUUAGUGGCCCAGCCAAUAUAAUGGUAAGAAAUGUUCUAAUAAAAAAAUGUCAUAACUUUUACAAUAUCCUGUUAUAAUUAUUAAAAACAAACUACAAUGCU